UACAUGGUGACGGUUGCGCUCUCCACCUUGUUCCCCCCAGUGAAGUCACUUCCUGCCGUCAGACAGCCAGUUCAGGCCAGUUCAUCACGGUUGUAGUACUCAGUCUGUCCCACUGAGCUGUCAACACAGCAGCCCUCCGCUCUGUAGCCCGGCUGUUGCGACAACAUUUUUCUACUAAACCUAGUCCCUCUUUAUCUUCAACGACGUUUUCCUUCAGAUAACAGCUCCUCUCGUCUCACCAUGACUCGGAGGUGAUCUUCAGAGUGUCCCGGUGGUUCUGGGGUUCCAGGUUGCUGUGUUGAGAGAGCAAGCUAACUGCAGGGAGGAGAACCGCCUGGGGCAUCGUGUCCCUGGCUCUCAAGUGACUAAAGGAGGGGCUUGGCAAACUGUUGUGCAGCAUGGAGAAAGAAGACCUGAAGGUCCUCAACAAAGGGGAAGAGGAGGAGAUGGAGCUGCAGGGCUACCGUCUGUGUCGUUGGCGGCUGGCCCUCGUGGGCCUCGGGGUGCUGUGUACAGGGGGCUUCCUCCUCCUGCUGCUCUACUGGAUGCCAGAGUGGUGCGUCAAAUCCACCUGCACCCGCACCACAGCCCGCGAUGCCGAAGUGGUAUUGAUGCGCUCCACGGAUGAGUUCCGGCGCUGGUUCCUGGCCAGGGUACGAGUGAUGCUGGCCCCGGGGAGGAACCCCUUCCACAGCCUGGAGACCCAGACCACCUCCCCUUCCUCUCCCUCCUGUCCCUUCUCCUCCCCCCCUCUGGCCAACGGACACACCACCCACCCCUCCGAUUGCGACCCCGAUCAGGAGCUCUUCAGAAUAUAUGCCGACUACCAGCCCACACAGAUCCGCUACUUUACCUUCCAUAGCACAACGUAUUAUUGGAGCGACGAGGUGCAGAACUUUGAUGUUUUAACCGGCCUGGAGGAUUUGCAGGUCAGCUGCUCCACCCUCCACUCGGAGCACAGUGCAGGCCUGACCAGGAACCAGCAGGAGUACAGGAGACUGUUCUUCGGAGUGAAUGAAAUUGCAGUGAAAGUGCCUUCUGUUUUCAAGCUGCUUAUCAAAGAGGUCUUAAACCCUUUCUACAUCUUCCAGCUCUUCAGUGUGAUCCUAUGGAGUGCCGAUGAGUAUUACUAUUAUGCUGUGGCCAUCCUUUUCAUGUCGAUCAUAUCCAUAGCUACCUCUCUGUACACCAUUAAAAAGCAAUACAUCAUGCUCCACGAUAUGGUUGCAACCCACAGUAUUGUCCGUGUGUCUGUAUGCCGAGCCAACAAUGAAAUCGAAGAGAUUUUGUCUACUGAUCUGGUGCCCGGUGAUGUGAUGGUCAUCCCCAGCAAUGGGACCAUUAUGCCAUGUGACGCCGUGCUGGUCAGCGGCACCUGCAUCGUCAAUGAAAGCAUGCUCACAGGUGAGAGCGUUCCUGUGACAAAGACAAACCUACCAGACCCAUUGCCUGGGGAGAGGGGGGAGGAUAAUGACAGUGCUUACAACACAGAGGGGCAUAAGAGACACACACUCUUCUGUGGCACCCACGUCAUCCAGACCCGCUUCUACACAGGUGACCUGGUCAAGGCUGUGGUGGUCCGCACAGGCUUCAGCACAGCCAAAGGCCAGCUGGUGCGCUCCAUCCUUUACCCAAAACCUACCGACUUCAAGCUUUACCGAGAUGCCUACCUCUUCCUCUUGUGUCUGGUGGCUAUAGCUGGAAUUGGCUUUGUCUACUCCAUCGUCCUCAGCAUCAUGAACGAGGUGCCAGCUAAAACCAUUAUUAUUGAGUCUCUAGACAUCAUCACCAUUACUGUGCCCCCGGCGCUGCCAGCCGCCAUGACAGCUGGCAUUGUGUAUGCCCAGCGACGCCUCAAAAACCUGGGCAUUUUUUGCAUCAGCCCACAAAGGAUCAACAUCUGCGGUCAAAUCAAUCUGGUCUGCUUUGACAAGACUGGAACUCUGACAGAAGAUGGAUUAGACCUAUGGGGAGUUCAGAGGGUAGAGAACGGCAGUUUCCACCUGUCAGAGGAAAAUGCAUACAAGGAAAAUCUGGUCAAGUCCCAGUUUGUGGCAUGUAUGGCCACCUGCCACUCUCUCACCAAAAUAGAGGGCCAGCUGUCCGGAGACCCGCUGGACCUUAAAAUGUUUGAGGCCACAGGCUGGAUCCUGGAGGAGGCCACUGAGGAGGAAACUGCUCUCCACAACCGUAUCAUGCCCACUGUGGUUAAACCCCCAAAACAGCUGCUGCCCCCAGAGCCCGCCGUAACACCAGAGCAGGACAUGGAGCUGUAUGAGCUUUCGUCAGCGUAUGAGAUAGGUAUCGUGCGCCAGUUUCCCUUUUCCUCAGCCCUCCAGAGGAUGUGUGUGGUGGCUCGUCUGCUGGGGGAGAAACGUAUGGAUGCCUACAUGAAGGGAGCGCCCGAGGUAGUGGCCAGUCUCUGCAAGAAAGAGACAGUGCCAGAAAACUUUGCAGAUGUUUUAGAGGGCUACACCAAGGAGGGUUUCAGAGUCAUAGCUCUGGCUCAUCGACGACUUGAAUCCAAACUCAACUGGCACAAAGUCCAGAACAUCAGCAGGGAUCACAUCGAGGCAAACAUGGAGUUCCUGGGUCUGAUCAUCAUGCAGAACAAGCUGAAGGCAGAAACCCCAGCAGUGCUGCAGGACCUCCACCAAGCCAGCAUCCGCACUGUCAUGGUUACUGGUGACAACAUGCUGACAGCCAUCUCUGUGGCCCGGGACUGUGGAAUGAUUCCUCCCCAAGACACAGUCAUCAUAGCCGAUGCCCUCCCUCCACAUGAUGGACAAGCCGCCAAGAUAACCUGGAGAUACGCAGACAAGCCGAGCAAAACACCUCACCUGGAGGAAGUGAACAUCACUCUGGAUGAUGUGUGUCACAUAGAUGAGCCCAAGAAACAGGAGCUGUACCACUUUGCUAUGAAUGGAAAAUCCUUUGCCGUCAUCUCUGAACAUUUCCCUGACAUGCUUCAAAAGCUGGUGCUACAUGGGACAGUGUUUGCAAGAAUGGCCCCGGACCAGAAAACUCAACUCAUUGAGGCGCUGCAGGGUGUAGACUACUUUGUUGGGAUGUGUGGCGAUGGAGCAAACGACUGCGGGGCUCUGAAGAGGGCUCAUGGUGGCAUCUCCCUGUCGGAGCUCGAAGCCUCUGUAGCUUCUCCCUUCACCUCGAAGACCCCGAACAUCUCCUGUGUCCCAAGCCUCAUCAGGGAGGGGCGUGCCGCUCUCAUUACCUCCUUCUGUGUGUUCAAGUUCAUGGCCCUCUACAGCAUCAUCCAGUACAUCAGUGUCACUCUCCUCUACUCUAUCCUCAGUAACCUUGGAGACUUCCAGUUCCUCUUCAUCGAUAUAGCCAUCAUCCUUCUUAUUGUCUUUACUAUGAGUCUGAACCCAGCGUGGAAAGACCUGGUGUCUCGUCGUCCCCCGUCUGGUUUGAUCUCAGGGCCUCUGCUGUUCUCCGUACUGACCCAGAUCCUCAUCUGCUUGGGCUUCCAGACCGUUACAUUCCUUUGGGUCCGACAGCAGCCGUGGUACACAGUGUGGAAGCCGUUCACAGAUGCCUGCAACAACUCAUCACAUAUUAACAUGUCUGACCACAACGAAACUGAAAUUGACGACCACAACAUCCAGAACUACGAGAACACCAGCCUCUUCUAUGUCUCCUCCUUCCAGUAUCUCGUUGUUGCCAUCGUUUUCUCGAAGGGCAAACCUUUCAGGCAGCCUAGCUACAAGAAUUGGCCUUUUGUGCUGUCUGCCUUGACUCUGUAUGUUUUUCUGCUGUUCAUCAUGUUCUACCCUGUAAAAGCCAUUGACGAUUUUCUAGAGAUUGUUUGUGUCCCGUUCGACUGGAGGGUAAAGCUCUUCAUCCUCAUCUUAGUCAAUGCUGCAGUGUCUGUGUUGGUGGAGACCUUCGUCCUUGACAUCGUCUUAUGGAAGCUUGUGUUCAGCCGAGACAAACAGGGCAGCUUUGGCGUCACUCCUGUUGCCCCGACACCACAGGGUGCUAUGGACCUGCGAGCCUACAAGUGUCUGACCCGGCUGUGCUGCCCGAGCAAGAUGACACCCAAGGCUCGCUACAUGCAUCUGGCCCAGGAGCUCAGGGUGGACCCUGACUGGCCUCCAAAGCCAACUACAACCACUGAAGCCAAGUCCCUCCCGGAAAAUGGCUCCACCUAUCAAAUCAUGAAAAACUCCUAGCACCCCCCACAGUUUCUACUAUAUACAGUACAUGACCUACAGGAAAAGUGUAUGCAUAUUAGGCGCGUUCAGUGAAUGCACCUUUUAACUUAUUAAAAUGAAACCGUCACAGUAAGGUUGCUUGUUGUUCCGGUUCACAGCGACUUGAGUCUCAUGCUGUAGUUCAGGAGACAUUGCUGCAAAACCUUAGGAUCGCACAUGACUACAAAACAAAGUGUCACUUCUCUCAACGCCCUUGCUCUCGCCGGUUAAACCACUUGCACUCUCUCAGGUCUCUCUUGCUUGUUAUUUAAACAUCAGUAAUAUUAAUGUGCUUCUCUUUCCUUAUUGCAAUGUCUGAGCAGCAUACAGCCGAGGCUGGGUCUAAUAUAGCUUUGGCCUUUUCAAAUCGACUUCCAAGUCCAGUCCAGAGCUAGCGUCUGAAAGGGCAUCUUCAAAACCUUUGGGAACUAUCAUAAAAAAACAAGUAGAAGUAUAUUAUAUUUAUCAACAGGUGCUAAGUUGUACUUUGGCCCUCUAAAGUGAGACCUACUCUUACGUAAACAGCGGUUACAUUAUUGAUUAUUUUUAAGUCUACUCUGCACGUUUUAAUUCACAGCAGCCAUGACCUCACUUUGUAGGAUGCCCACACAGUUACCUGUUUCACAAGGUUAACCUGUUGCGGGUAGAACAGCCUCCAAUUGCUACUAUGUAGUGGUGUUUUACAGCUAGCCUAUAUCAUUUGUAUUUAGACAUUUUAAUGAGCUGGCAUUACCACCUGGUAUGCACUUAUUAGAGGGCAAUGAACCAUAACCAAAAGGAAAGCUUUAAUGCUUACCAUGAACCCCCAGGGAUGCAUGAAAUCAUUAACUUGAGACAAGAAAUCACAAAGUCAAUUCUCACUGUGAGUUGUAGCAGAUUUAAAUCAGCUUCGUUCAAGUUUUUGAUCAAUUGCACACCUCAGGCAUAUUCCUAUUUAAAGACAAACGCAAAGAAUAUGUUGAUUGUCUGUCAAUGGUAAAGGUCUAAAAAGUAUAGACAAUUAUAUGGGGAUUAUAUUUUAGAUUUGGAAACUGCACAAGAGGUCUGAAAAUGUUUUAUUUUUUCAGGGCUGACCAGAGACAUUACAUUUGUGUAUAUUUAGUCAUCAUCCAUAAUGUUGCAUGUCCAGAAAAUGUUGCUGUUGUACCCGGCCACCUUUAUUUUAAACCCUCAUGACAUGUAGAACUUGUUAAGGGUUUAAAGUAAGGAACCAUUAGGGAAAGUGUGAUUUUAAAAUGGCAAGCCUUUUUCACAAACUACAGCACAUUAUACAUCAGAUUGAUGAUUGCAACUAGAAAGGUAUGAACCUCAGAAAACAAUCUAAGGUUGUAUUUUCCUCAUAAUUCACCCAGAAGUUUCAUAAACUGUUAAGACAUUUCAGCCUGUAGGAUUUUCAUUGCUUUGGCAGUUUCUCAGUUCACGUUAAGGAGCUUUGAUAAAAAUAUGUAUUAUGUCGAACAGUAGAAAUUGCAUAAAACACCCGACUGUAACAAAUGAAUACAUUUCAUUUGCGCUUUUCAAUGCAUGUAAGUGCACCAACGGUUAUUGUUCCUGAAUCUAAUAACUGAAUUCUCCACAACCUCAACUGUUCUUUUCUAACAAAGCAUGCUAGCAUAUUAAAUGUUAUCGUGUUAUACUUGCAUAUUGUGUAGGCAUACCAUUCUCAAAGGUAUAUUUUUCUGCCGUUCUCCUUAGGCCACACAUUUGCCCCAGUAGUGGUAUAAAUGUGGCAUCAGCCAACCCUUCUGUGUUUUACUCUCGAGCCACUAGCACGGUUCAACACUUAAUUUUGUAUCUAUGAACUAUGUUCUGUCAUCAGACUGAGACUGAAAACACAACAAAACUCGCAUAAUGCCAGCUUCCUAUCGAUCGAGUUUAAGACUUGAUGGUUGCAAUACUACAAAUAUUACUGCAGACACAGCAUUACUGUAAACAAAUAAGGAGUAUUAACAUUAACAUCUGUGUAUCAAAUGAAUCUGCACAUGAACAGCAUGAAUUUGGUUGGUUAUCAUGAAUAGUGCACAUGCAUGAGACCAUAAAAAUCUGAGCAACCUACAUCUACAAAACCAAUGACCCAGAUUGGCUCAGAAAGCCAGCAGUGCGACUUGCAUUUAUUUUCUAUAAAAAUUACAUUUCUUCCUAUGGAAGACUGAUUUAAAAGUGUGGUUGUAAUUUAGGGCAAGGCAUUUUCAUCUUCUCAGUUUGCAGCACAUUCAAACAUCCAUGCAACAACAAAAGAAGUUAAUGGUGGAUGCUGUAUUCAACCAUAUACACAUUAAUUCAUGUAUUACACAUUGGCUACCUGCAGAGUUAAGGGCUAUUUUUUUAUGUUCACUGAUUUAACUUUGAUCUUGAAUGGGAUACUCGCAAAAAUCUAGUUGAGUAACAAACACUCACUCCUUGUGCAUCCUGAAGGUGGCUAUAUCAGUGGGUUGCUUCUUCUUCAAUGUGAACCUGACUACAUUUAUUUGAAGAUUACAAUAAUCGCACACUAAUUUAAAACUAUUUACAUCGUCGGAACUGUAAGCAUUUUGCUGCUUUAUUCAGCAAUAAAACUGGUAGCAUUGGAAAUGACUAUACUUUAAUUAGUUGAAUAAUAGCUGACCACAGCUACUUGGAGGAGAAACAAAACCUUUAGGGCAACCUUUAAAGCCACAAGAGAAAGUGUUUGAUUCUCAAAAAGCAGGUUUAGGGUGGAGUAUCACUUUGAAGCGAAGACGGAUCAACAGAUUUCCUCAAUAUCCCAAAUAACAAGUCUGCGCAGUUCCUAAAAGCCAUUGUCUAUGGAGAUGCUUGUAAUACUACAAAUGCACAUGAAAGUUGGGAUCCAUAAUUUUUUACGACAAGCUCAAAUGUGUGCUUUUAAUUUUCACAGAUAUAUUGUUUAAUGAUGAAAGAGUAUUUUGUUAUAGGAUUUAGUGGGUACAUUGUCAGUGUGAGGGGGAGUAUAUACCUGUAUAUAUAGUACUGUAGGUGAAACUGGUAAAAAUGCAUCAAAGGCUCAAAUGGACAUUCUUGUGCCAAUUUGCAGAAAGACUGAUAUGUUGUCAACAACGUGUGUUGCUAUGCCUCUGGAUAAUCAGUGGUUUUCUCUGUUUUAUAUUUCCGUUCAGGGUUUUAUUUAAUUUUUUCUUGGAUACCUACUGAGGCUAAAACUGAAUGUUGUAUAAAACAAACAAAAUGUAUUGUAUUGCGAUACGAUGGUUAUUGAUUAUUUUUCCAAAGACUUUUCAUUAUAUUUGUAUUGCUUAUUUAAAAAGAAAAAGAAGAAAGUAUAGAUUGUGUUCACUCCUGUCAAAACUGAUUUGUUUGAGCAGAAAAGUUGACUUAAAAAGGUGAUAAUAAUAAUAAUGAUAAUAAUAAUAAUAGAGAUGUUGGAUUCUAUCUGUAUAUAUGAGAUGCUCAUUUCUAGUGUGCGCUUACAAGUACAACAUAUUUAGUUAUAUAAAUGUUUGGUUUUGGAUUAUCAAAGGGCUGGUGUGUUUUUCUACUAUUUUGGUACUGUGUUAAAUCAGUUGUCUGUCUACUUAUGAUUUGUACUGUCUUUGAUUUGUUUUAGUUUUAAAUUUUGCUUUGGAGUUGUAUUAGCUUUAUUCUUUUUUUGGGCAUGAAUUCUGGGCAUUUAUUUCACAAUUUGAAUCAUUUAAUGUGAAGUAUGAUAGGGGAACUUAAGUCUUGGUUAAAAUAGAAAGCAGCACACGUCUACUUUAGAGUUUAACGCUUAAAGAAAGAGUCCUUUGUAGAAACAUUUAUCUCUGCAGAUUCUUUAAAGAACAUUUACUUUUUCCCUUCCUUCUGUUUUCUCUAGUUGCUUUGUAUACAUUUAAGGACCUGACACAAGAAGGGAAUUAAACUGUUGUGGUGUAUUUCGUGCUCAUCAGCAAAUUAGAACACCUGACAAUCUUGUUAGUUUACUGUUUGAUCAUCCAAUGAACGUAUUUCUUUCCUUAUUUUUUAAAGAUCAUUUUCAUCCAUGUAACAUUAAAAUGUAAUUGGCAAACAGAAUGUGCAUUGUUGCUCUAUAUCAGCUGUCUAUUGUAGAAGUUACUAUAUUGCUGCUAGGGCCUAAGUGAUUGAGCUGAGUCAUACCUGUGCACCUUCAUACAGAAAAUGUAACAAUUUUGUGAGGUGCAAAGUGUAAAUACUAGUACUGCUUGUGAUCUACGCUACAGUUUUGCCUUUUAUUCUUAUACAGCAAUGGCUUCUAUGCUGAAACCUCUAUGCUCUUCUAAAGGUACAACAUAUACCGAAUGUUGACACUUGGACUCCUAUUCGCAUCAUGUAUUUUAAACAAACCAUCAAAUGGCAUUUAGAUUGAGUCAGCCACAGAGUAUACUGUAUGAAGACUCAUGUGGAUGUUUCCUCAGGGAAAUGUGUCUAUUUCCAAUUAUAAAGAAAAUAAUAAAAGUUGAAACCCAAACUGAAUAAAAAAAUACUGCAAACUUUUAUUGAGGUCCAUCUCUAUGUCCGCUCUUUCAGUACAGUUUAUCUAAUGUGCAUUCAAUUUCCAUUUUCCGCACCUCAACACGAGGCUCAUCUGGGGUAAAUGUUUUUUUUAAUUAUUAUUAUUGCCGAGAUAUGUACAUUUUUUUGACCAUUUUGUACUUAAUAAUUUAUUUUUUAUUUAUUUUAAUUUUUUUCUCCCCGAAGAUUGUAUUUCAGAUUGAUCUUGACUUCUUUCUUUUCAAUAAAUGUUCUCAAAACGGA